AUGAAGUUCACCAUCACUCUGCUCACUAUCGCGGCAGCGGUCAUUGCUAGAUCCUCCUCUGACAAAGGUUCUAGCACCACCUGCUCCAGCGACCAGGUAGUUGUUUGCAGCGGCAACGGCAAUGCUGGUCUCAUCUCUCUGGGCAACAUUGCUCCAGGUCUUCUCGGUGACAACUGUUCUGGUGGAGAUGUCUACUGCUGCUCCCAGGACGAUGUCGAACAGGUUGGUCUCAUCAACCUUGACCUGAAUGCGCAAUGCAGCCUCAACCAUCUCCUGUAA